AAAAACAUAACUAAGGCUAGUUAAACGGCUUUUCUUAUAGUUAACCGGGACUUCGCUAAUUCCAACGGCUGAGUCACCGGCCAAGAGGCAACGAGGUUAUCGGAGGAUAGUAUUGAUUUUUAUACAAGACAGAGAGCUCCCGCGCAUCGUGUGGGUCGAACAGGAAACGAGAACAAGCUAAAAGCGGCGAAAACAUAGCAGUCGCGUCAGGCGCAACAAGCACUUCUAACAAGACAAAUGCAUGAAUAGCAUCUAGAACGCUGCGCACAAUGAAAGAUGCCGACUGCUCGCAAUUCCACCACACAACCUACAUAUGACUUCAUCUCUGGUACAUCGCCGUCUCCGUCACCACCUCAGGCGACGAUGGGGUUGCUCGGCCAGUCACAGAUCGCUAAGUCUGGUUUGUUUUUGAACAUUCAGACCAAGGCGAAUCUCCGUAUUGACAAUCCAUACUAGAUAAUAUGAACGAAGACUUGCGCGCUCAACUCAAGGCGCUGCAGUACGAGCUGGAGACCAUUAAGCAGGACAAGGAAUUCACCGAGCUUCGACACCAAAAAGAGCUUAGGGAUGCGCAGAAGCAAGCGGAAGCUGAUUUCAAACGCGCGAACGAUAUUGAAAGCACAAAAAAUGUCACAUUCGCCAGAUACGAGGCGUUGGAAAAGGAGUUCAAGGACACUCAGGACCGGUUUACCAACGAAAAGCAUGACCUCGAGAAGCAAUUACGUGCGAUGCAGGAGCAAAAUAGGAUACUUACUGAGGAAGUAGACGAAUCCCAAACGGAGUUGGCGUCUCAGGAUCGGCAGAACCAAUACAAAUACAACGAAUUGGAAACGAAAUAUUCUGCCCUCUCAAGGACGCUCGAAGGUCUUCGCACGGACUUUGGCGCAAAUGCUUUACUACUUCAAAAUGCACAGCAAAAGAUUUCGGAGCGAGAAAUUGAGAUUGGUGAGAUGGAAAGUGAGAAUAUUCGCCUCAGGGCUCAGGGCGGCGAUACCGAGACUUUGGCUGUCAUCAAGCGUGAGUUAUCAGAACAAAUCGCGCAUAUCAAGAAGUUAGAGUCGACAAACCGAGAGCAUCUUUCCGAGCUGAAGCAUUUUCGCAAAAUGCACAAGAGCGUGGAGGUGGUAGAGGAAGAGAAACGUGUCAUGGAAAGCAAACUAAACAUGAUGGAGGACUUGCGCCGAGAACUGAGCCAAACCCAGCUCCAAAAGCAGAUUUUAGAAGACGAACGCAGAUCGUGGACUACUUAUUUACAAGACGAGAGCAAUGGGGACCAAGAAAUUGCAUUUGAUACACCAGUGGAGCUUGCCAGAUGUCUGGUGCAAUUGCGACUAGACAACGCUUCGCUCCUAGACAGAAUUGGUGCUAUCAAGGCCGAAGCCCUGGAACGGGAAGAGGCUGCAAAAAGGUUGGAACAAGAGCUUUCCAAAACCAAAGACGAACUGAAAGAAGCCCGAGAGAACGCCCCAGCUGGCAAUAGCCGUAUGAAAAGCCGACUUGAACGGCAGAGGGUUUUGGCAGUAAAGGAAGUCGAGUACCUCCGAGCUCAGUUGAAAAUGUUUGACACAGAAGAGACAACCAUGCAACCGGAAAAUUUUGACGAGCACAAGACAGCUCGAAUCCAGGAGCUUGAAGAUCUCGUAGAUCAAUAUCGCAAUGAACUUCAAGGCAUGAAUGACGCGCUGGCAAAGCGGGAAGAAGAUACCGUUCGAAGUGACUCUGCAGGUAUAAAGCGGACCCGGCAAGAAGAGCCGGACGAAAGAAUAGGCGAACUCUUUCGCAAGAAUCGCAAAUUACAAGAUCAAGUCUCUGAGCUUAGCAAAUCUCUUGCCCUUGCCCAGAAAGACCUCGAGGUUUCAAACUCCCAGCUGAAUGUGGUCCAUGAGUCAUCUCGCACACGGAUACUUGAGCUGCGAUCCAACCCGACUACUGAGGCACAGAAUAUCAAACUUAGUACCUUGAAGACCUUGAAAGACGAGAAUAGGGCUUUACUUGCUCAAUUAGAAAGCAGACAGGAGCCAAUUCAGGUGGUCCCAUUCAGUACUCUUGAAAGUGCCCGCAUGGAUAUUCGAGAUUUGCAAAUAUCGAUAGCAGAUAAGGAGAAACGUAUGAUGCGUCUCAAAGAAAUCUGGACGGCAAAGAGUCUUGAAUUUAGAGAAGCCGUCGCGAGUAUCUUAGGCUGGAAAAUGGAUUUUAUGCCCAACGGGCGGGUUCGGGUCACAAGUAUGUUCUAUCCCAGCGACGACGAUGAAGAUGAGAAUAGCAUCAUAUUUGAUGGAGCGAACGGCACGAUGAAGAUCUCAGGCGGUCCAAAUAGCGAUUUCGCCCUCGAGAUUCGAAACUUGAUCAAGUUUUGGGUGGAGGGCCGCAAGGAGAUUCCUUGUUUCCUUGCAGCCAUGACCUUGGAAUUUUACGAGAAGACUACGAGAGCUGCCAGGAUGUAGCAAGGACUCUCUGAGUGCUAUGGCAGCUAUUUGGAUUUCACGGUCUUAUACUUUGCAGCAAGUUUUGAUUGUCCUAUUUUCAUAAGUACUUAAUCUUCACUAAAAAAUUAAAUGCAAU